UUUAGACUCAUCUCCCCUAGUUCCCUGCUUUCGGCCUUUCCAGUAACAUAAAGCACUUAUCAAAUUAGAAUUCUUCGGAAGCAGAAUGGCACAGACCAGACUAUAUUUAGCAUCAACAACCCAAAAGCAGCUGAAUCAGCUGACUGGAAGCUGCUGCUACCCUGGUGUGCAGCUUUGGUUUAGACAGCACAUAUUCAGUGCUGGAAAUCAAGGAGAACGGACAGCGCAGGAGAGACGCUGCAGAACCCGGAGGCUUAGAAGCAGUUGAUCUGUACCUGAACAGACAUCCUGAGAAAUGGCUCCCCGAAUAAGACUGAACUUAGCAAAACCUCUUCCAACCAUCACUGAAGCAUUUGAGGAUAUCUUGGAAGAUAUAACAAUUACCACAAAAGGAUUUGGAAAUGUUUAUAUGAAUCCAGAAUCUUUCUGCCAGCUAGCAAGAUCUUCCUUUCCAGUGCUUCCAGAAAGUAAAUAUAAGGUUCCAGAAGUUGAUAAACUUGGGAUGCUGCAUAAUAGUAAUAAAGUCUUAAAUAUUUCUGAGACAUCCAAAAUGGUUUCCAUGUACACCCUUCCUAAUAUGACGUCAUUAGAAAAAAAAAGCUUCAUUCUUGAUUGUCUCAAAACCUACUCCAGCUCAAUUGCUGAUCCAUUAGAAGAGCUAUGCACUGAAGCUCAGAAGAUCCCUCAGUGGAGAAGCCAUAAUGGCCAUGAAAACACUGAUACUGAGUGUUUAAAGCACCACUUCCAUGGUACCCAUCCAUUUUCAGUUCAAGAAAAAAUGCUAGAGAAACAAAAUGUUGUCAACUUCUUCCCCAGACUUCCUUCCCCAAGGCCACCUCAGAGAGAUGACAGCUGUUCAGAGCAAAAAGUUUUGAAAAACCAAGGCAGGAUGCAGACUCCAGCCCGCCGUCCCAAUAUGAAAGGAAACAACCUUCUCAGAGUUAAUGGUAAAUCAGUCUGGUUGCACCCACCCACAGAAACACCCCUGGGCUCCAAGGUUGUGAGAUCUUCACAAAGAGGGCAGAUGUUAAAGACAGCAGCUUUUCCUGAAGGAGAUCAAUUGAAGUAUAUUAUGUGUAGUCAAAAUAGGAAGGGAGAGGAAAGUAAUGAAGAAGGCCAUGGGAGGUAUUUCCACAUUGGACAAAGAGCUACUACAUUUGACUGGAUUUCAGAAUACCAGAGUGCUUGGAAAGCAGCAAAGGUGAGAGCUUGUCUGCUCCCUGCCAUUGCAGAAUCCUGAAUUGUUCUUGAAGUUGAAGAAAAUGAGGCUAGCAUUUCUCUCCUUCUUCUACUUCUUCAAGAGCAUUCUAUAGGAAGGCGUAUGUGUAAGUAGUUUUUUUGCUGGCACAGAAUGUUUGUUUACAGUAAAUGUAUGCAGCAGACUGUGGCGUGCCAAUGAUGACCUUGAAAACGUGUCGAGUUCCAGAGAAUUGAGCAAUGAGAACAAAAGGUAGCGCUUCAUGGAGAACACAUCUCAGGCUCAAAUAGCUUUGACAUUCCUAUAAUGUGUUUUGACAAUGACUGUUCAUUCUGUAACCCAUUCUGUCUUUGGGCUGUGUGAAUAGAGGCAAGCAGAAGAACGCCUUGAACUAAGCCAAAGACUAUGAAUGGAAGUCAGUUCAGAUCUCAGCUAUAAAGUCUUAUAGAAAAAUGUCUUGACAACCAGAUUUUAAGUUCUAUGUGGGUCAGUCUGCCACAUGAGCCUAGAUGUGCAAGCAUUUGAAAAACUCAUCUCCUGAAAAAAGGACAGAAAUUCUUUGGGCUGCCUUGCUGCUUUGGUUUACCAGGAAAAAUAAUAUAUGGGCAGACAAGCUGCUGCAUAAAUGUGGGUACAACUAGCUAUUAAUCUCUAUCCCUUCCCCCCUAUCCUUGUUUUUCAUGGUAUCUUUUUAGAAGGGCAUUGCGCCCUCCCCUCAGGUGUAACUUAUUAAUAGGAAGUAAACGCAGAAAAGCUCACAAAGAGUCCUUCGGAAAAAUCUUCUGCUCCUUCAUAAGUUAGAUCUGCAAAGUCAUAUAAACCUUUGUGAUUUGUUUAUUGCUGAUACUAAUGAAACAACUUUUUUUCUUUCCUGUAGUGAGGUUGUUUCACAAAAAUAAUGAUUUUGGGAAGAAUACAGUACUUUCCUCAUUGCACUGAAGCAAAUAAAUAGACUUUUCCCUUUCUAUUCAGAAGGGAAAGUCCUAAUGAUCAAUCUAGUAAAAGAAGUAGCUAAUUGGGUUUGCCACUUUUUGGUGUGUCUAGCUAUAAGAGGUGACAUUUAGGGAAACUUCCGGGUUUUUGUUUUUGACACUGGUGUGUCAAGUGUUGUGUUUAAUACCAUAUAUGUCUAUCAAUAUAAAACCAGUGAACAGAAACUGUGACUGAAUUAAUUAUGAAGAUUAAACACCUUGUCUGGAAUGCAAUGCUAAUUUUCCUCACAUAAACAAAUGGGAGGAGGAAUCAAGUUGGCUGUAUUUGUACUGUAUCUUCUUGCUGCUUGUCUAGUGUUAUUGUUUUGUAUUAAUUUUGUAGGUCACUUUUAAUGCAAUCUAAAAACGAUUUUGCAUUUUUAGUGAUUUUAGCAAUGUAGAUGGUGGUAUGCUAUAUAUUUUAAAAGCAUGUUAUCCCCCUUCCUUCAUUAAUGUUCUUAUGUAUUUGUGACAUCUAACAAAUUGAGCGAGUGCACGCAGGACUUGCAUGUAUGGCAUGUACCUGCAGUCAAAAAUUGAAUAUCUGAGUGUUUACUUGAAGAAGUUGGAAUAAAAACUUAUGAAUUUGUUGGGUUUCAAAUGGCCUAACAGGAACUGUUA